CAAAAAUUAAUCCAGACGGUAUCGUGAAUUCGACGUAAAAAAAUAAUACAUAGGUAUUAUGAAAUAAUGUACCUAGCUUCCAUUAGAUAAUUUAUAAAAAGUGAUUUUUAUUUCUCUAUUGUGUGAUCAAAAUAUUAAACAGGAACAUGUACGUUUAUGCUUAUUUAUUCAACUUGCACAUUUACCUCACUAUUCUACUCACGUCAGGUGCAUCAAAUCCAGAAAAAGGAGAGAUAGUUGAUCACAAUCCAGACCAGGAUUUCCGUUGCAAUGAUGGACACUACGUAGCAAGGAUAUUUGUUUGCGAUGGAAUACCAGACUGUGAUGAUAACUCGGAUGAGACGCGCGAUCAGUGUAGGAAUAUAUCAUGCAACGAUCAAACCUUUCAGUGUGGUUACGGAGCUUGCAUUAGUAAGGAAUACGUAUGCGAUGGCCUUAAACAGUGCAUCGAUGGUUCCGAUGAAACAGCACAAGCAUGUAAAACGUCUCUUAUUCGCAAAUCAAACAGAAACAAACGAGCAGAUGGUGAUUCGUGCCCUAAACCUCCGCCAUCUCUCGAUAAAGUUAUAUCUUUCAAUUGUGACAGAACCUCAUCAAAAUCUUGUGGUACCCGAAACGGGUAUGUUCCCGAUCUGACUAUCGCCACGAUCAAGUGUAAGCCGAAUUAUUAUCCAGAAAAAGAAUCUUCACCGUCUUUUUGCUACAAUAACAAGUGGCAGCCACCAUUUGACAGCUGUUUCAAGAAAUGCGAAAAAUUGAAUCCGGUGAAUGUUGAUAUGAAAUGCAAUCGCAAUGGUGUGAAUAUUCCAUGCGACGAAAAUUCUCUACUAGCAGGGAGUAAAGUUCGUCCAGUCUGCAAAGAAUUGCACAAAUACGGCGAUUUUGUUCCUGGUUACAGAGAAAUUACAUGCAAAGGGAAUGGAAAAUGGGAUAAGACAUUGUUCUCUUGCAUUCCUGAAUGUGGUCGACCAUACACGAACCCCAAUAAAUUAAUUCAAGGCGGAGUGGAAGAAAGUAUAAGUGAUUCUCCUUGGCACGUUGCAAUCUAUAAUGCAAAGAAAGUUCUAAUUUGCGGUGGCACGAUCAUAAGUCCGUACAUAGUUUUAUCAGCUGCACACUGUUUCGAAGAAGAUAACAAACCCACGACAAACACCGCUAACUACGAAGUGGUUGCCAGUAAAGUCAGCCGAAAUUAUUCCAUAACGGAUAAUCGUAACCAAAAGGUCUUUAAGAUAAAAGAAAUACGAUUUGCAGGAAAAGGUUAUUUCGGGAACACAAAUUACAACACAGCCGAUAUAGUCGCACUUAUUUUGAAAGAAAAACUCAAUAUAAGUGCGACAGUUUUGCCAGCCUGCAUCGAUUGGACAGGCAGUGGUACAAUAACGCAUCCUGAAGAAGACACUCUGGGAAAAGUCUCAGGAUGGGGUAGGAUCGAAUACGAAGGGAAGUACAGUGAAAACUUAACGACUGUCAAUCUACCAUUCAUUAGUCGGCAACGUUGCUAUAACAUCGUGCUAGAUGAUUUUAAACCAUUUAUAACAUUAGAUAAAUUCUGCGCUGGUAAAGAAGGUCGUGCUGGUGUACUGCAGGGAGAUAGUGGAGGAGGUUUUUUACUUCGAGAUGGUCCAUUUUACUAUCUUCGAGGUAUUGUUAGCUUGAAGCAAGCCUCAAACUCUUCUGUAGCAGCGUUUACAGAUUUGACAGAUCAUAUCGAUUGGAUUCUAAGGCUGCGAGAUGAAGUUAACAAUAUAAUGUCACCUUCAGAAAAAAAUCCAUUGGAAACGUUUGGAGAACGUAUUUGCGAGGAUUACGAUGUCAAUAAUUGUAUGAAGACUGAAGACUGUUUAAUGGCUGAUCAUCUUAUUAUCACCAGACGAGCAAUAUUUUGUGGUUACGAUGCUGAUGAUACGGAAAAAAUAUGCUGUUCACUGCCAAACUCUACACAAUCGUUUUCAUCGUCAAAGCCAGGAAACCAGACGGAAUUAAAUAACGACUCCAAAAGUUCACGAAACUCUACAUCAGCAAAUGAAACCACACAACAGCGUCUUACGAAAGGAAUAACCAGACUCGCAAGUGGUUUUGACGAAGUGCUUUCCAAACGGAGUCCAAACGAAAAUGUUAUAUGUAGUAGCACCACUGAACCUGUUAAGAAUAUUAGAUGCAAUUUUACUGGGUUGUAUGAACGAAACAGAAACAGAAUUGAGUAUACUAAUUAGACUCACCAUCGCGAAGAAAAUGAAGCCAGAAGAACUUCGCCAAGAAUUGGCAUCCUUAUCAUGCGAAGUGAAUACAGACGUGAAAGACGAAGUUGCCUUAUUUAUACAGAAAGAAUAUCCAAUUAAGGCAGGAUUCAUGAACCAAGUCGCACGUUUAUGC